AUGGGAACAGCGCGCGCAAAAGCUUACAAUACUUUUGAACACUAAUUUAGCGGUGUUUAACUCAAGGUGAAUUACCAACACAGCCUUUAAAAUAAUGUAUAAAACACACAUUUCAUAUUUUAGCUUCUUUUUGAAGCAACAUUUAAAUUCGAGAAUUUGAAUCUUGUCAAUGCUUUACGUAGGAGUUGCGGUAACGGUUCGUUUCAUUCAAGUUAGGUGUAAUACGGCUUGUAGAAUCAUAUGGCCAGGUAACAUUUCUGAAUUAAGAUUCAAGUUCGAUAGAUCUAGAAUCAUUCAAAUACAGCAGACGCCAAAACUGAGCUAUCAAAACCAAGCUAUUUUAUUGGAUAAAGAAAAGAAACUAAAACUUAUAAAACUUUUGACAAAAAUGAUUCCUUUUUUGAGCAAUAAAAAUAAGGAUUGUAUGCCGGAAAGGGAACCUACUGUUGGAAAACCCGAUGACUAUAUUCCUUAUCAACAUUGUUAUACCUUUACUCAGAAACAAAAGAGGAAGUCCUUGUUGCCUAUAUUAUUUGCAGUUAUUUUUUGCUGCUCCGUCAUAAUUAUAAUUGCAUGUGUGUGCAUGCUGAUCUAUUUUCAAUUAUGCAUGAAAGCUUUAGAGGAAAAGCUUGAGGCGAAAGUCGAGGCUGAAGUAGAAAAGCGACUUGCAGAGGUUUUAGAAAAGAAAUUUGGCAACAAUGCGCCGACAAACGAACAUCAGUUUGGAAAACAUUCUGAAGAAAAGCAGGCUUUGUUUGAUGGGUCUAACUCUAUGGACUUCAGGCAGAUCAUACGAAGUAAGAGGGAAAAGAAGGCUAAAAAAUUUGGAUCCAAGAGAAAUGUUCAAAGACCUACAGCAAUGUUCAUCCAUAUGCAAGGCAGGGAUUCACAGAAUAUAAUGGAUAGUGAAUCAAAUUUUAUUUGGAACUAUGCAGAGCAUAGGUGGAGCACUGGUUUUGGUAUUGUUUUGGACCCUAGGACUGGGUCAGCAUCAAAGAUUCGCAUCAAAGAAAGAGGCGCUUAUCUUGUGUAUUCACAAGUCGCCGUACAUGGACAACAAAGUGGAAACAUUAGCCAACCAGUGGACUGUGCCCACCAAACUAUCUUGAAGGAGCCAGAGAAGAGGAAAAGGGUGCUGUUAAGGAGUCUCAUCACACAGUAUAAGCUUGGCGCUUCUUAUGAUACUAAUACAAUGGGGGAAUCUCUGCAUGCUAUUGAUACCAAGCUACAGAUGGGAGUGUUUCACUUGAAAGAAAAUGAUGAACUGUUUGUAAGUUUCUCUGAUCAUUGCCAUAGAGUUAACUAUACCAUGAGGCCGGAACAUUCCUAUUUUGGUGUGGCCAGGAUAGGCUGAAACAAGUCACGCUAGGACUGAAGACAGAACCAGAUAAAAACCUUUCUCAAAGAUUAUAAUUCAAAAUAUUUAGAUGUUAUUAUUAAGUCUUUAACAACAUGUUUUUCAUUGUUUUAUUAUUUAAUACAAAAAUGUGACAGCUCUUAACUACACCUUUGAAUUUUGAGUUAAAAUAUGAAAGACUUCUACUUUAACCUUCUAUGUUUACAAAUAAUUUUUUAAAAGGUAUUUGUAUUAAAGCAGCACUAGCUGUGUGUGCAAAUAGAUUGUCUUGUGGCACAGAAAUGUCCCAUAGUAUUUGCAUUUUUUGUUUUAUAUUAGGAAGGAAAUGUUGCUGCUUAAAAUAAUUGUUUACAUUCUCUUGAGUUUCAGGCAGUUUGGAUUAUGUUAUUAAUUCAUUCUCGGUAAAACACUUUUCGUCUUUCAUAAAACAUUAAAUUGUUACAACCACAACAAGAUUUCAUAAUGGUUUUCUGAAAUUUAAUUGAUCAAUUAUUUCUUCUAUUAAUUUUAAAAUGUUUGUACCAUAUUGUGUAUAAUGUAAAUAGUUAUUUUUCUUUAAGUCUAGAAGUAUUUUAUUACAAUCUUCUGUCACAUACAACAGGUGGCAUAUCCUUUUUGUAUUGAUUGAUAAGGAUUGUAGCUAGAGUGUGAUUUUUAUACCUGCAGCAAAAUAUUUUAUUUUAGAUAUUGCUUUAUUGUCGUUAAUUGGCUGUAACCUAAUUAACUGAUGUAAUUUUAUACCAAUUGGUUAUAAUGUAAUUGUAAUUUCAAUUAUCAUUCCUUUUACAAAAUGACCACAUUAAAAUAUAUUUUUUUAAACAA